UCACUCGUGAAAUGAACUCUCCACAGUUGAACAGUUCACGGCGUCUGUUCGCUGUCCAGUGUCCACUGUCCAGUGUCGGCGACCGGCGUCACUCGUCGGAGCCCGGAGGUUGGAACUUGGAAGUCCGGUAGUUCGGUAAUCGGUACGCAGCUGGUGUGGGCGUGGUAUAAAGUAUUACCGUACGACAUCUAGCGGUUAGUGAGCGUUGUUAGGUUUUAGUUUUGGUGUCGAAGACCCUUAACCGUGGUUGAUGUCAUAACAUGCUAUAUAGUAAUGUACGUAUAUUGUUAUUGCAUUGUCCAACAGAUUUCAAUUUUCAACUGUUGUCUGUUAAAAAUCGUUGCCCGUUGGCCUGUGCAAAUAAAAACAUUAAGAACCUUUAUCGAUGAUUCAGAUACGAAUCAUGGUUAAUGUCUACUCCGUAAUCGACGUUCGGUGACACGUUUACUACGUUUUUUAUUGCGGAUGCAAAUAUUAGUAAAAUUGCCUCGGUUUAGUGUUUUAAAAUAUACAUAAUAACCCUUAUUGAAAAUUCUUAGUUAAAUUUAAAUUUGUGCAAUAAUAAUGUUUGAAAUACAAGUUUUAUGAUGACAAAUACAAUAAUGGAAGCAGUAGACGAAGAUGCUUUAUUCUCGGACGAAGAAUUGUUUGCAAACGAUGCAAAUGAUUGUGUUGUAACAUUAACUAGUUCAGUCAGUUAUGAAGACGAGUAUCAAUCUUUAUUAUUUCAAAACAGAGAUCGUAUAAUAUCAAAAUUAAAAAAUGAUUUAUCCAAUGUUUUACCUCCUCCACCAACAGUUACUACUUGUCGAUUGAGUGUCAAUGAUAUACUAGAUAGAUGGUAUCAAUACGAAAAAUCUAAUUCUCCAACAAACAAACCUGAAACAAAAGAGUUGAAAAAUAUUGACCGCGCAAUUAAUUGGUCAUGGCCAGAAGUAUCUAAUGUCCAAUGUUUUGAUGUUUAUUAUAACAUUGAUAAUAAAUCAGCAGAAAUGGCAUUAUUGGAAACAAAGUACCAACAGAGGUAUGUUUCUAAUGAGACUAAAUCUCUUAUGAACACAGGACUUACGCCACAACCUAAAAAAGAAAGAGGAUUAGUUAUUCAACAUGUUAAACCUAUUGAACAAAAUACACGAUUAAUACGAAGAAAACCAGUUUCAAAACCUCAAAUACUAGCAGAAACUAAAGCAAAAUUAGCUCUUAUUGAAAACAAACGUCGAAUUUUAGUGCCAGGAAAAUUGAAAAGGGAAAAUAUAAGACCACUAGAGAAAAGUUAUCUUGAAAAUCGAAAUGGCAGUGACAGAAGAUCAAUUAGUCAUAAAAGAGCACUAUUUCAAAGUCCUGAAAUUAAUCAGUCUAGAAAACGUAUGUGUUAUAGUCAUAAUCCAAAAUCUGUAGAGACAUCUCCUCUUAGUGCACUUUCAAUUUGUAGUGAUACGUCAAAUACUACACCAGUUAAAAGAUGGAGUACUGUUUCUGCGGAUGCACAAUUAUUUGGUGAUGAUCAAGAAGAUAAACAGAAAUCAAUUAUUACUAGAACAGAACCAGUCAAAAAAUGCCAAAGAGUAUUGAAAUUUUUUAAUAAUUCAGAAUCAGCUACUCCUAAAAAUUUGUUUAAUACAAAACCAAAUCAAAAAGAACUCAGUAAACUUCAUAAACAGAAAUUAUUAUGGGCUGUUUCGGAAGUGUUAAAAGAAUGUGGUGUUGAUAGUCAUCACAAGCAAUUUCGACCAUUUCUUCAACAAUUAUUCAAAGUAUGUUCUAAACAAUGGUUGCAGAAAACAGGUUCUGAAAUAAAAACUAGUACAAGUGAAGCGAUGCGUGCUCUAGUGAUGAAACACAAGAGUACUGUAUUAAAAUUGAAAUCAAAAUCUCCAAAGCCUAAAGAUAAUGUUGUUACAUCUAAACGAAAAUCUGUGGCAGAUGUAAAAAAAGUAUUAUUUACAGAUACAACACCAAAAACCGAUUUCAAGUUUGAAAAAUUUGGUUCAGACUUAAAAACAAAAAGUUCAACUAAUAAAAAUAAAGUUAUUAGUGAAGGGAUUGAUGAUUUUGCAUUAUAUUUAGAUAUAAAAAAAUUACCUUGUAACAAAAAUACUGAAGACCUACCGGGUAGGUCAGUUUCUUCUACUUCUGACUAUUGUUCUAAUUUGGAUAUUGAUUCCAAAGAUUCAGAAGGGAUCUUUGCUAGUUAAUGUUUAUAUUCAAUAAUUAGGUACAUUUUUUUCUUUUUUGACUUACUGAAACAAAAUUGUUAUUUUUCAGACAGCAAAAUGUAUAAUAUGUUAUUAGUUUAUUACCAAUUUUCUUUUCUUAUGUGUUAUUUUCAUUAAUUUAUGGUUAAGUAAAUUCCUUCGAUUUAGAUUUAGUCAUAAAUUAACUAUGUUUAAUUUUAAUUUUUUUUCUCCUAGUAUUAAGAAGUUCUAUUCAAUUUAAUGAUAAGUCUUUAUUUUUUUUUGUUUCUAAAAUUAAUGUGUGUAUCCAAUCUUUUAUUCUAAUGUUUCAUGUAAGUAUA